AUUCUAGCGUCGUCGUUCGUUGGCGCUUGGCUUCUGCGACAAAUCUACGUUCAUUCAUCGUGUUUAUGUUGCGUACUUUUCGUUUCGCUUUUGUGUUAUUUGUUUAGAAAUUGUUUGAAUUUUCCGUGUACAGUGUGUGUAAACAAGAAGAAAUCGUAACUGAAACAAGAAGUUGUGAAUCGAUGAGUACUAUAAUAUUGUGACAAAAUGUCUACCAGAAGCGGUCGGGUAAGAGCUAGCGUUAUAGAAGUGAGUCCUGCAAGAACACGAAAAGGUGUUUCGCCGACGCGUUCUCCCGCCAGAACGCGGAAAAGUUCGCCGCCGUCCGGGAAAACUCCGCCUCCCGCGCGCUCCUCUGGCCGUAAAUCUCCCGCAAGGAAAUCGCCUAGCCGAAAACCAGCGUCCAAGUUUCCCGCACGUAAAUCACCGUCGAGAACUACCAAGGAAACGAUACAAACAGAGGUACCAAAUGUGCCAAAAUCUCCAGCUAAACGGCCUCCCAUUGAUUCUGAAGUGGCAGUGGCGGUCAAACUUGACGAUUUGUCGUCAAAAAUCGAAGUUUACAGACGCACACGUUCAAAACGAUUAGAAUACUCCCUGAAAGAUCUGGCAUCUAGUAUUACUGAGAGUGAAUUUUCACUAAACAGUGUAAAUGGCUUGGAAUCUAGCGAUAUAUACGGUCUCAGAAACAGGAGGUCUGUCGAGGAGGUCGCGCCACGUAGGUCGAGUAGGUUGCGAGAGUUCAUUGAAGUGCCUGACAUUAGACGCAGUCUCAGCAAAUCUGCAAGCCUUAGUAAAUCUAUUAGCAAAUCAGUCAGUAAAUCAAUAGGAGCAUACUCUGAUGAGGAAAAUUCUGAAGAGGAAUACCGCAGGGGCAAGUCACAGUCUGUGACCAGGAAGCUAGCAACCCCACUGCGAAACAGUAUCAGCAGCUUGACUCAAGUUGCUAACAAAUGGGAGUUUGGCGGUAGAAUUGGUUCUCUUUGCUUAAUGCUCCUGAUACCAGCAACAGUAUUCUCUAUAUUGAUUUCUUGUAAAAAGUUUUGCUCUCCCAAAUCUCUUUUAGAUCUGUCUACAUAUAAAUCUCUUCAAGUAUUCUUUAGUUUACAAGCUUUGUGCUUCAUCCUCGUCCAAUAUGUUGUGCAAGCCAUCUUUGCAGUUGUACCAAUAUUUGGUACGAGGUCAGACCGCAUGGAUGAUUCUGGCAUGACGCACUGUUUCAAUGGUUUCUUCUCCAGCAUUGUUUCUGUGAACACCCUCUUCUUAUUGGAUUACUUUGAAAUAAUUGGGAAAGAGACAUUGUUGAAUGAGUACCUGAGACUCGCAGUUGUGUCCUAUAUUUUUGCUGUUGUACUAAGUAUUGUUUUGUACAUAAAAAGUGGGUAUCUAAACAAAGAUGAGUUGAAUCAGUAUGGAAACACUGGAUAUACAUUGUAUGAUUUCUUCAUGGGCAGAGAAAUUCAUCCAUUUAUCAAGAAUCUGGAUGUGAAAAUUUGGAUAUCAAGGAUUUCUAAUAUUACAUCGCUUAUACUUCUCUCUCUGAUCUUCACUCAAGGACUUCAAUUUAAACUGACAGAGAAAAAUGAUUUGUCUAUGGAAAACUUGAAACUGUUGCUGAGUAAUGUACAGUUGAAGCCGACUGUUGUAAUAUUUUCUACAAUGCAGAUAGUUUAUAUCCUGAACUUUAUUAUGAGGGAGUACAGGAUCACAUCAACGUUUUACUGGCAGUCUGAAGGGGUAGGAUACCUCCAGACCGUCUCGAGUGCACUGUACCCAUUCUACUUCACAACAAUAUCUAAACACGUGGCAGACACAGACCUCGUUCUGUCUACUAACACCUUAAUCUCUGCUUCUCUACUAUUUGUGCUGGGAUUCUUCAUAAUGCUUCUUAGUAACAAUAUUAAAUAUGAGUUCAGGAAAUGGCCUCUACAUCUAAGCUUGGCAAACGUAGAUUCCAUGCCGACAUUUCAUGGAAAGAAACUCCUUGUCUCCAAUUUGUGGGGGAUCCUGCGUCAUCCGAACUAUGCUGGUGACAUGCUGAUCCACAGUGCCCUGGCAUUGCCCGGGCUUCUCAGUGGACAAUACGUGGCGGCUGCACCAGCUAUUCUAACCAUCGUGAUGUUGAUGCACCGCGCCUGGCGGGACCACGAGAGGUGCAAGCGCCGUUACGGAGCAGCCUGGCAAAGAUACUGUAAAAGAGUCCCCUCGGUUCUCAUACCUAAACUUCUUUAAAUCAUAUUUAUUUUCUUCCCUUCUUCAGGCUGUUCAAACUAUUGUUUCACAGACCUCUUCCAGAAAGAAUAUCAGUUGACUAUGGAAUUAUCAAUUGUCUAUAUCUCGACUCGAAUGUGAAAGAUCUUAAAAUUAAGAGCAUUACUGCUUAGUAAUGUAGAUUUGAAUAGAUAUAUAAUACAUUAUGUAUUUUAAAUAAUUAUGUGGUUGAGAAUUUAAUUUCUUGUAAAUAUAUACUUCUAUGUAUUUCAAGCAAUAAUAUUGAUGCAUCACAUUUUAUGCGAAUGAAAUAUUAUAUUUUAGAUCUCUUUGUGAAGAAAUACUAUUUUAAUGAAGUUUUUACGACAUAUCUAUCGUUAAUAAGUUAGUAUUUGAGAUUAAUUACUGCCUUACGAAACCACCGUACAAAAUUAGACUACUUAAAUUGGGCUCUCUUUAUUUUAAUGUUUUGUAAUUCUUUUUUUAAAUAUU